UGGGAGUCCCGCCCUGUACACAGUUUGGUGGGUGAAAUGAAAGUGGUCGGGGUGGUGAUCUGGUUGUGCUUGCUGCCACUCACAGCCCGAUGUGUGGAGCCGAUCUCUAUGACCUUCGGGGCCAUAAUCACAGGAGUCAUCACCUACUAUGGGCUGCACUGGUAUUCCCCGGAUCAGUGCCGGCUGGAGGGGGACAUCAAUGUCACAGCUCUGCAGAUCGAAUUUGAUGAGAAAAUCUUCGGGCAGCACCUGGCCAAGCGGGUGGUCUUGAAGGCAGUGCCUAAAUUUUUGGAGAACAGAAACCCUAAGAAACCUCUAGUACUUUCCUUUCACGGCUGGACUGGUACCGGCAAGAACUACGUCAGCCAAAUCCUGGCCCAUUCUAUUUAUCCCGAGGGCCUGAAGAGUAAACAAGUACAUCAGUUUGUGGCCACCCUGCACUUCCCACACGCUAACCUGAUAGAUGUGUACAAGGACCAGUUACAGUUGUGGAUCCGAGGGAACGUGUCGGCCUGCCAGCGAUCCAUCUUCAUAUUUGACGAGGUAGAUAAAAUGCAGCCUGGCCUGAUGGACGCCAUAAAGCCUUUUCUCGAUUACUAUGAGCAGAUUGGUGGCGUCUCCUACACCAAAGCCAUCUUCAUUUUCCUCAGUAAUGCUGGAGGAGAGUACAUUUCAGAGCUGGCCUUGGAUUUCUGGAAGACUGGAAAGAAUAGGGAAGAUAUCAAGCUGAGUGAUGUGGAACACCAUUUAUCCCUCUAUGCCUUCAACUCAAAGGAUGGUGGCUUGUGGCACAGCAGUCUGAUAACAAAAAACCUAAUUGACUUCUUUGUGCCAUUCCUCCCAAUGGAAUUUGAGCAUGUGAAGAUGUGCGUGAGGGCGGAGCUUCGUCAGCGUGGCUUUAUGGUCGAUGAAGACAUGGUCAGCACAGUGGCCAAAGAGAUGACUUACUACCCCAAGGAGGAAAAAAUUUACUCUAUUAAGGGGUGCAAAACUGUGUCUGCAAAAAUGCAGUAUUAUCUAUGA